CUCGUUGAAAGAUAUUGGAUAUUGGGGCAGCACAUACUUGAUUUAAGCGCUACUGGGUUUGUAAACAGCUCGAAAUAACUAUAUAUAAGCCUUCCCAAUUGGAUAUUUCCUCUACGAAAGUUACAAUUUUACUGGAGAAACGUUUUGCUACAGGACGUACAGCUCUCAGUCGGUCAAUACUAUCACUCUCCAAACGGACAACUGUGUGGUAGGUCUAACUGCUUCGAUCAACUGCUAUAGCUCAGGUUGCUGCAACUGCAGCGCUACUUAUCUCAUUCGAUCAUAUACCCUGGACCUGUGGGAAACUUUGGGCAUUCUUCCGUGUCGUGCAACUUGGCAAUCUUAGCCAUAGUCUUAAGGAUCCUAUCUUUUAAUAAUAUUCGAAGCUGAUAUGUUUAUUCCAAGAGUGAUGAGAGUUGUUGACGUACCCUUUCUUGUACCGUGUAGAUUUAGUCGACGUAGACUUCCACCGGAAUAUACGAAGCAGUAUCUGGAGAAGAUAAGCAGUGAAUCACUGGAUAAGUACAGGAAAUCAAACUUCGUUCCUUAUCCGGCGCUGAAUAAAGCGAAAUUGUGGGAAGUUAAACCAAAAGAGCCAAAAGAGGAGACAAGACGUCUGUAUCAAGAGCUCGUGCCACAUAAUAUUGACCCAAGAUAUCGUGAUCGUUUACGUGAACGUCUUGAACGACGCGAAAUGAUGUUACGUCGGCAAAUUUUAGAUAUACCAGAAUUUUAUGUAGGUUCAGUAGUCGCCGUAAAGACUGCUGAUAAAUUUGCUCCCAAUCAAACGCAUCGUUUCUUGGGUAUUUGUACAGAACGGUAUAACGAAGGUUUAUGGACACGAUUCACUCUCCGCAAUGUUGUUGACAAGACAGCUGUUGAAAUUCAGUACGAAUUAUACAAUCCAACUAUACAGUCUGUUGAAGUAUUUUUACUAGAGAAGCGUUUAGAUCAAAACCUUUUGUACUUACGUGAUGCUCCACUGGAAGAAAGUCGAUUUCCAUUUAACAUGUCGCGUACACCUUAUAACCCUGCUGAUCCUGUCCCGGUUAAUGAUAAAAAAGUAAAGUUACUUCCACCACCGUGGAAAUUCAAAUGGUAUUUACAUGGUUACCGAGGGAUACACGAUAGUAUGUUUGAUUAUUUAUCACCGGAACAGUUUUCUGAAAUUCAGUACAAAAUAACUCUUGUUGACCGAUAUGAUCUGAUGAAGAUGUAUAGAUCACGUUUAUGUUUGGAAGAAGAACAAAUCGCCCUGGGUGACGUCCAAAUUCAGCAUCAAGAUCUUGUACGCUUUCAUGAGCAGCGUCAGCAAGAAGAGGUUGAAAAGCAUAAAAAAACUAAAAAGAUUGAUAAAGUUGCUGCCCAUAGUGGUCAUUAGUCUUGUAUGUAAUUUUAAGUAGAUAUUUUGCUGGCUUACUUUGUCUUUGUAAAUACAUAUAUUAACAUUA